UGCUUGUGAAGGUUUAACCCGGCUUGACACGUAAUCUUGCGGCGCAGGCGUGCAACGUGCUUUCCUCCAUCCAGUUUCCACGUGUUUUCAGUGCUCGUUUCCGUCUCUCUUUGCUUGCGGAAAGCAUGCGCAAAGUUUCUGUUGUCGUUUGCAGACACACGAGAAGGUUCGUGUUUUCCUGCGGAUUGCGAAACAGACGCAGGUUUAUUGGCAGCAUUGCGCGCUUAGGAACAACGAGCGCAUGAAGAUAAAGCUGCACACAUCGCCCCUACAGCAAAGAAGUGUGCGUUGCUGCCCUGACAGCCGUCCUAUGUUAUAGCGGAUUCGUAGAGCAUUUGGAAGAUUAUUCCUUUCUUUCACAGUUUCAAAGUGCCACGUGCAUCAGUCAAGAUGGAAAGAUACGUUGCCUUUCUGUUCGUGUUCGUCACCGCUUCCGCCGUCGCCGUGCAGUCAGCAGCAGUUGUGAAGCCAUCCAUCGAGCAAGCGGAGAAACGCGUACAGGAGCUCAGCCGGCUCCUGUACGACAUUACAAAUACCAUUCAGCCUCGGCAUUGCAGCGAUCUUUUGCAUGCUGGUCAAAGGAAGAGUGGCGUUUACACAGUGUUCCAUAAGGCCGCGGGACCUUCCGGGCAGAGCGUCUACUGUGACAUGAAAACAGACGGCGGUGGUUGGACGGUGAUCCAAAGGCGAGGACAGUUUGGAAACAGCGUUUACCACUUCUACCGAAACUGGACCGAAUACGUCAAUGGCUUCGGUGAUCCUGCUCAGGAGCACUGGAUAGGAAACAACGCUCUGCACGCGCUGACGUCCGGCGACGAAGACAUGUCUCUUCGGGUGGUGCUGAAGAAUAACACAGAAGACAGUGUUUCUGUCGACUACGAAAGCAUUCGCGUCGGCAAUGAAGACGACCUGUACAAGCUGCACAUAGGAAAGCUGGUAGGCCCAGAAGGCUGGGACGCGAUGGUUCACGGCAACGGUCACAACUUCUCCACCUUUGACCGCGACAACGAUUCUGGUCCUGCCAACUGUGCGGCCAUGUACCGAGGAGGUUGGUGGUACAGCCAGUGCCACGCGGCGAAUCUUAAUGGGCUCAACGUGAAUGGACCGCAUGACAGCUACGCAGACGGGAUCGAGUGGAGCGUGAGAGGCCAACCAGGGCGCCUUUACCAUUAUUCAUAUCCCGCUGUUGAAAUGAUGAUUCGACCAGCCGGGUCCUUGCUUGACCGCCGAAGCCAGCUGCUGUCUCUCCCGUUAUCCUAAACUUAUAAUGCGCACAUCGGAGAACAAACGCCUGACGUUGUGCGGCAGCUAGCUGACUCAGUCGCCUGCAUAACUGUUGUAAGCAGUGCCAGAUACAGCGUGAUGAAUACUUACGACAGGCUUCAGUGCCACUGUCACUGUGUUGGGCAUAACACUAAAUAGCUUAAAGGUGCCCCUGAAUAUGUUCUGCAGGUAAGCUUGAAGGGAAUGCACUUGACGUGAGUUUGUUGCUUCACGCGAUGUAUCAUCGUGCAUAACUGCACACAGAAAAAGUUCUUCAUUACACUUUAACGUCUUUAGUUCGUCAAAGUUGCUUUAUGGCCUAAUUCCAACCAAUAUAGCAGCAGAUGGGGAGUGACUGUGAGAUUAGUUUGUCAGAUAAGUAUGAACAUACAUCGAACUUAAGCCACGAUAUAACACCCUUGCAAAAGAUAUCACAGAACGUUAAAACCUACUAUAGGACAAGGACGAAAUAUGUGGAUGCUGACUUGCUCCACCUUCCACAGGGUAGUUCAUUUGUAAUGGAGCAACGUAUCGCACGCAAAUUAUGCAUGCAAUAAAGGAAGGCGCAAUGCACUUACUUGGAAUUACAUUUAACACCCGAGCAUGCUGGUAUGCAAACGCUGAUAAAUAAGUCGCAUUUGUUGCCCUCUUCCGUCUACAUCUCUCAUACCACGCUUGUCAAUGCUGGUGCUAAGCCGCAGCGAGCUUUAUUUGUAAAGUAUGAAAAGGCCUGUCACGUACGAACACUGUUAUUCGUUAAUAAACAACACUUACGCAGACAAAUCGAACGAAGGACAAGGGGCGAGCAACACGGACAAGCGACAAGUUCCGACUGACUCGGUUUGCCUGAAGUGCACUUGUGCCUCACAUGUGUCACGUGUGCGCUGCUCUAAGGCGAUGAAGCACCCCCUAGGCCAUAUCAGUGCUUCUUUGUGCUACUCAGUCUUCCAUAUCAACACAGUCAUUUUGCGGCUAAGUGCGUGUUAUUGCUCAGUAACAAAGCCUGUAAUUUCUAUUGCGAUGAAACAUGUGUUCAUGAAUAGAAACAAAACAGGCAUGAAAAGCCACGAAGACAAGAAAGACUUUAAGAUGAGAGCUCGUACUGGCGAGCUCCGUCUUCAUUUUCAGUGCUAAUUUUUUCACGUUUAUUACUUUGAUUUAUGCUUGUCUUUCAAAUCAUCCUCAUGAUCAUCAACACCAUCAGCAUAAGGUAUGCACAUACGUCCAAGACGAAGGCCUCUCCAAGUGAUCUCCAAUUAAAUCCCUCUUCGGUCAGCUUGCUCCGCUAAUAUUAUGAUUUGUAAUUUAAUCACACUACCUAUUUACCAUCCCUUGUCACCAUUUCUCUUGAUCUGAAAGAUCAUCUCGUUGUAUGUUCUGCGAAAUACAUUGUCUGUGCAACUACAAUACUUCCUCCUAAACUUAGCUAUGCUAUCUGCUACCCCCUUUUUCUUUCUAACAGGCACGGCUAUAUUCCUGCAUCUUAACGUUACUCCUAAGAUUUUUUGCUUCAGUGCUGAUUGCGCGGUAUUUAUUUUUUAAACAAGUGAUCACAUAUACAAAGAAUGCGAUCAUGUUAUGCGUGCAAGUAAUGAAAGCGUGUCAGCCUAUCAUGCCAUCAAAAAACUUGGUUUCUUUAUCAUUCAGAGAGAUCAAAGACUGGUUGACACAUGCGCCUGAGUUAAAAUGCAUAGAGUAAGCUUCUGCAAUCUCACGGUUCAUUUGGUUUUCAUUUUUAUACAGUAUUUCAGUGUUUUGAAAGAAAGGUUUCGAAGGGCUAAUUCUGCAAUGCGCGGCUAUAUUUGAGCCGCGCAUUGGGUGGAUGUUCAGCUGAGAUUUUCAAGUUUUCGCAACAGCUAAAUACCCUACCGAAGUCUGGCUUUCCAAAUCCCAUGGUUUUGCCGAUUUGUGAAGGGAUUGUAAAGAAAAAACAUAAAUGGGGAUCAGCCGAGCAGCAAAUCGAAACGGGAAGAAAGUAUUCGCUCAAUCCUUAUGUACAUCAAAUAGGUUUAAAUAAAGACAGCUAUGAAGUAUGGUGUUCAUGUUGUCUUUUCCGCUAAGAAUUCGUUAUACAAGACAUGCAUUAUUGUUAACACACCUAAGUGCGCGUCCAAUGCCAUUUGCAAUAUGUCACCCCAGGCGCAUGUGUCAGCCAUAAUUCUAUCUCUAAAGAAACCAUAUUUCUUUUAUGUCCAGAUAGGCUGACACCAUUUCACCACUUAUACGCAUCCCACGAUUUCAUUCCGCGUAUAUUUAAUGCCUUGUUUGAAAUAAAUAAACGAGUUCUCGGUCUGCCCUCGUAUCGUCCGCUUCCUUUGUUCUUCGCGCGAGUUGCACUGUGCAAUGAAAUAUCUUCAGUUACCAAUUCACCCAGCUUGCUUUGUUAAUGUGGUUUCUAACUUGCUCCGAACUUUCGUUAUUCUCUUGCAUAUUUCUGGCACUUACGAUAUUAUCUUUAGAAUGUUAUGCUUAUACACGUUUCUUUCGAAGAUAACGGGAAGCGGGGAAAUAUCACAAUUAACACAUGCUGUGUCGCUAUCCGAAGUAUCUUCAAAUGCGAGAAAUAACAGGAAAGAUUGAACUGCGUUGGUAUGUAGCACUUGGGACGAAAAUUUAUGGCAUUUAUGUGUGCCUGAAAAAUUUUUCUCAGCCUUAGUUGGCCUAACACCUUUCUAUGGCGGUAUCCGAUGUAUUUAUAAUCUGAAUAAAGUUGUGAAUUGAAAGUACGCUGCAAACAAAGAUUUUUGGAGUGGCGACUACUAAGUAGUGAGUGCUUUCUUUUCCGUUACUUCUCCAUUCCAGGCUCGUAAGCGCAUACAAGAAAGUUGGUCAGACAAAUUGCAUUGUUAAAAAACAACUCUAUCUCCGUAACGCCUAGCUCUCAAGAAGCACAUACUUUCCCGAUUCAUGAGUAAAAAAAAUCAGGCGUCGGUUUACGUGAU